CAGUCUACUUUAGUUUCUUCAUCAACAUCAAACCAUGCUUAGAGCUUUGAGUACACGAAGAAGCUGUCACAAAUAUGAACGGGUAGGUGAUGAUCCUGCAAUCGGUCUUUUGGAAUGGGAGGGAAAAUUGAAAAGAGCUUCAAGUGUACCAGCUUCUCGACUAUUCGUAUUUGGUUCUUCAACCAAAUUAAAAGCAGAGGUUACGUUCCCAGUUGCAGAUAAUCCUAAGCCUAAGGCGAAGCCCGCCAAAGAGGUUGUCAAGACUCAUCCCCUCUUUAGUCUUUUCGACCGCCGACGUAAGAAGAAAACUACUGCGAAACCAGAAUUCGCUAGGUACUUGGAGUAUGUAAAGCAGGGAGGGAUGUGGGAUGGUAAUUCCAAUACGCCCAUCAUUCAUCAUAAAUAA